UAUUCGGUUGCACUCGGCUCAUUUCGCCGAUCACAUGCAUCAAGAUGAAUGAACAGGUACACAUUUCUUCAGAAGAUGUUCGAAAACGAUUCAGUAGAUAUGACAUUAGACUGAAGGAAAAAAUCAGCACGCCACCGGUUUUUGACAAGGCAAGUGUUCUUGUUCCACUAUUUCGACUGGAUAGGGAAUGGCAUGUUUUGUUGACUGUUCGUUCUAAACAUCUACGUUCUCACUCGGGAUUGGUUGCUUUUCCUGGAGGAAAACAAGAUUCCGACGACCUUGAUGACAUAGAAACGGCCCUCCGAGAGGCAGAAGAGGAAAUUGGCCUUGAUCCAAAUGAAGUAGAUGUUAUUUCGGUGCUUCCAGGGUCAUUUGUCCGACCAAAUGUUAUGGUAACUGUUGUAGUUGGUAUAAUUCCUGGCAAUUUUAAGCCUGUGAUAAACGAGCACGAAGUUCAUAAAGUGUUUAGCCUACCACUGAAAAGGUUUCUUAAUGACGAUUUUACAACUCAAGAAUUUGAAAUUUCUGGAAACCAGGUUCAAAGUUAUUUUUUCAGUGACGAGGUUGAUGGAAACACAAUCAUCACAUGGGGAUUUACUGCAUCGUAUUGUAUAUAUUCUGCUAUUAUUUUGUAUCAAGACUAUGAAAAGAGACAUUAUGGGUAUUCUGAUAAAUAUGUUACCCUAGAUUGUCUUUGGCCGGAAAUUUCAUUUACAAAUUACUUUCUUACUAAUUAUAAUUCUGCAAAAUUAUAGAUGUUAUUAUGCAAACAAGUAAAAACAAAAUAUUAUAAAUAUAUAUAUAUAUAUAAAUAAG